GCGGUGCUGACAAGCAAGAGUUGCUGCGUGACUUUGUGACGAAGUGCUACAAGCCCCAAGACUACGAGGGGUUCAAGCGCGAAAAGGAGAAGAGCCAGAAGAGCAACCUCAUCAGAGGCUGGCUUACUGAGAAGGAGACGAAAGUGAAGGGGGCCAUGGCCUACUGUCAGCGCUUGAAGAUGACGAAGCGAUGCAAGUAUACAGGGGAACUGAAGUUCCUGGUCGAGCUUGAAGACCGUGUCGACGACGAAAUGCUCAUGCGACUACGCUUAGAGGAAGAGAUGGCGGCCAUCGCCGGGAAUGGUUUCGAGGAUAGCUUUGCUUUCAACCUUCACCAGGCGGAGGCUGUCGAGGCUCCGCUGGAGGAGGAUGCUUCACAGAAGCUUCGGCUCCCCGAGUUUCCUGAGAUCACACAGGAUGUGGCUACGUUGGGGGCCGGGGUGAAAAAAUUCAAGGAUGCCGCUCUCAAGCGACGAGGCAUCUACAAGAGCGUGGAGGACCGCUUGAAAGAGGAUAAAAGCACGGGCCAUGAAUCCUGGGAGUUGCAACGUAUAGCACGUGCAGCUGAUUCCAGCAAAGGGAACCACCUGGAAAGUUUGACUCGGAAUCUUUUGCGUGCUGGCUAUGGGGCCCAGAUACCUAUCGACAAGAUUGCCAUCCCCUACUUUGGCCGAGGUCUCUCUCAACAUCCGAUUUUCUCACUGGAAAAGUUUCUUGUGUAUAUGAUCAAAGCAGGCCACGCCAAGCAUUUUCUGGGUGGGUAUAACGUGAGCACUGAAGAGUCGAGAAUGGUUCUGUCUCAGUACUGGCUGCGUUAUCAACAACAUGAUCCAGGCCACAUGGUGUUUGGAAACCGCCCUCUGCAGGAUACCGUCCCACUCGUAUGCUAUGGUGAUGAAGGGACGGGGAAGCGCAAACAUCCUGUUUAUGUCUUGUCCACCAAAGCACUGCUGAACUGCAGAAACAACAGCAUGUUCCGAUACUUCUUGUACACGGUCAUUCCGCACGAGUACUACAGAGGUUUCCAGAAAGGCUCUGCUGAGAAGAAUGAAUGCUUGGAUGCUGUUCUGGAGCACUAUGUGCUGGAGGCUACCCGACUUUUCCAACAAGGCUGGCUUUGCCUUGCAUGGAUGCCUUCACCCUUGCCCCUGUGGAGAUGUCAAGCCUGCCCUAAAUAUGUUGGGAUGCAGCUAGAUGUUCUGUUGUGCAUAAUUUUGCUUUCACCAGGUUAG